CUCUCUUCUUCUGCAGGGGGCCUCCGUCUUGCUCUCCAGCAGCUGAAGAAUCAAACAUGUUGCUGUUUGUGGCGCUGGCGUCCGUGGCCCUUAUAGGAAUCGCUCCUCAGUCCCAGGCGAUUGUGAUCUACACUGGCUGGGAGCGACACGCCCUCGUGGGCUCUGAUGUCAGACUGUCCUGCUCCUUCUUCUCCUGGCGCUGGACCUCAGAGGAUGUGACCUUCUCCUGGAGCUACCGGCCGGACGGCUCCCGGGACAGCAUAUCUAUAUUCCACUACACGGGAGGAGUCCCCUAUGUGGAUAAUAAGGGCCCAUUCCGCGACCGGCUGGAGUUCGUGGGGAAUCCACAGCGCCGUGAUGGAUCCAUCCUGAUUAAGAAUCUGGACUACAGUGACAAUGGAACCUUCACCUGUGAUGCAAAGAACCCCCCGGACAUCGUGGGCCGGCCCUCCAGCGUGCGCCUGCUGGUCUUUGAGAAAGUGCCCAUCCAGGCUGGCGUGAUCACCGGUGCCAUCAUCGGCGCCGUGCUGGGGCUGCUCGUGCUCAUUGUGGUCAUUUACUAUCUAAUGAGGUUCCUGGUGGCCCGUCGAGUCUUCAGCCUCAGUGUCAGCAAACAUGGGAAGAAAGGUAAAGGUAAAGAAGGCUCACAGCAGAGACAGGGCCCGGUGCUCUACGCUGCCCUGGACCAGUCCAAGCUGAAGGCCUCCGCUUCCGAAAAGAAGAAGCAGGAGUCUCGCAAGGAUAAGAAAUAGGAUUCGGGGAGCAGAGAGCUAGAGAACCAGGACAAACCCCACACAGCCAAGCCCAAAACCCAGAGACAGAGACAGGCAGCAGGGGGGGAGCAGGAGGGGGGGUCACCCAAACCAGGGAGGGUGCUGAUGACUAUUGAACUUGAGCUGACCAAGGGAGAGAAGGAGGGAGAGGGCACCAUGCCCAAAUCACCCAGCUUUCUAUCCCAGCUAGCAAGCAAACUGGCCCCCAAAUAAAGGAGAGAAAGAGGAAAGGAGGGAGAGAGGAUAGAGGGCAGGAACACACCGAUGAAGCAAUGUGUGCUUAUUCUGGAGGUGUCUGACUCGACUCCAGGGUAGUCUGGACCAGAGCUUCCCACUCUUAGCUCAGAAACCCAGCCUAAUCAUUCUUCACCUGACAAUAAAAUAAAUCAGUCUAUUUUAUGAUAAAUACCUGACAACAAAGUUAAUAAUUUUAUUUAAGAUAAAUACUUGACAAUAAAAGAAAUAAUUCUAUUAGAAGGUAAAAACACUAAUUAAGCUCACAAUAUAAAUAUAGUAGUGUAAAAUACAUUUAAAAUAAUUUGUUCAUUUUCCAAAGUGCUGGUCAAAGGUAUUCUACCCACACAAAAUAGUUUCAUAUUGAUAUCAAUAUAAAACAUAAUUAGAACUGAAAUUGUAAGUUCAGUCUGUGUGAGCAUCAGCUCUGUAGCAACAGUAUCACCUGCUCACCUGUGGAUGUGUGAACUCUCACCUCACAAAACACGCAUGUAUUUUCUUUUUUUACCACAGGCAAAAUUUCUUCUUUUCCAUGCCAAUGAAAUAUUAAAGCGUCUUGGAAGCUUCAGACCUUGACUCUCCUCGUCAUCUCUCUUUCCCUCUUUCUUUCUCUCUGUCUCUCGUAGAUUUUUUGAGACUCUUUUUUUCCCAAGCUCUGACUGCACCGGGCUGCUCCAGCUCCCCCCAGCCCCGCCCCACGACACCUAGCCCCGCCCACUGCUGUUAUAACCACAUGUCACUCCAGCUCCGCCCCCACCCCACCAGCCCCACCCACCUCAGUGUCUGCGCUUGGUGAGUCGCCACUUUCCAAACAGAAGCCCCGCCUCUCCGCAAGAAACUCCUCCUCACUGCAGACCCCUUCCGGCAGACAGAACUGGGAUUAAACUCUGAGAGGCAGUUUGCCAAAUUCCUGUCAGUGCUGUGCUCACGCUGUAGCUCCAUGGAGCUCAGCAGCCCCAGAAACACCCUGCAUGAGAGACUGUACACUAGAGCAGAUGAGAUGCAUACACUCACGCUUGCAUUUCCACACUGAAAUACCAGCCUGCUCUUUCAGAUGCAGAUAUCAUGAAAUGUGAGGUGGAAAAUGGUCAAACCUGUGUCCUCUUCAACUCAGAAAGCUUUGAAAUAGAAAAAUGGGUUUUCUGUAAUUCAGCUGGAACACCUCACCAGCUCACUGAGGGACAUUAACAGACUCUGCCUCUUUCUGUAGAGGGAGGGAAAACUGACACUUAACUUAGUGAUUUCAGCCCUAAAUGUUUCAGCUAAUCAGGGUGCUGGGAGCACUGGCAGUGAAGGUCAGGGUAUGUUUAAUGGCUGGUACCACCAGGAGCAACAGUGUAGCCAAAGAGAAGAGGUUUCCCCUCUAAGCUUGUUCAUUGCUUUGUGUUCAGUGACUGAUAGCCACAAAAUGAAGUCAAUACUGAACCAAAUCAAGUGAAAUAUCUGAGUGAAAUAAAAGAAACGUGUUAUGGAUUUAAUCUGUACACCACACGCUGGCUGAUGUCCGUCAGUGAUCUCUGUAAGGACACGGAGUGUAAUACCUGCUCUCUACACACUGCCAGAGUGACACUUCCCUCUCUUCGCUUCCUGUGCUCAGCCCCCGACUGGCCCGGGCUCAGUGUCCUCUUCCUCUUCCUGCUCUCCCUCCUGCCUGCACCUACACCCCAUUUUUGCUGGUAGAAACACAUAGCAGCCUCACCCCACAGGCAGGCUAAACCCUCUUCAUUACCUUAAAGAUACAAAACAGAAUCUCUAAUUCAUCUAGCUCUCUGCUGGUCACACAGGCGUGUGUAUGUGUGUGUGCCUGUGUGUGCCUGUGUGCAUGUGUGUGUGUGUAGGUGUGUGUGUGUGUGUGUGUGUCUGUGUGUGUAGUCCAUCCCUGUCAUCAUAAACAAUGCAUGUAAUGCCAAACAGACAUUUUACAUGUGUAUAAAUUAUGGAAUACGUGUUUUAGAGAGGCAGAAAUGUAAGGGUAUUUCUUGAUAUUUAAUGAUAUUUCUGUCCUUUUUAUGACUCAGAGAUGUAAGAAUCCAGUGGACAGUUUUGAGAACAGAUAGGUGUGAGUGGGUGACAGGGUGUGCUUCCUGCUGCAGGCUGAUGGGGGUGCUAUUCUUCCUGGUUGCACUCUGAGCAAAGGAAGGAACUCUUAGAGAAAACAUUUUCAUUCAUAAUGUAGCCCAAGUACACAUAAAACAUCGCUGAAAGGGUCUUCUCUGUCCAAAGGUUUCUCUCAGCAGACACUGUCACCCACUCAAAGUGGUUUUGGUGUGAACAUCUAACGCAGUUAUAGUUUCUGAGCUGUAGCUCUGCUCUGUGCAGUAGACUCCAGCAUCUCCCAGGUGCUGUUGCAGUGUUAGCCACUGUGGGUUCGCACAGUGCCUGUGUAGGAUAGAGAUUUGUCCACAGUCCAGGAUUCCUGAUGUUUGAGAAAACACAUUGAAAUGUCUUGCAGACUUUGUGUUGUGAUUGCUUUGUGUUCUGUAUUGGAUCUGAUUUUGAGGUAACAUUUAUAUAUUCUUUGCAGUAAAUACCCAUUAACAGUCUACAUUUUUACAUUCAUUUUUAUUCUAACAAUUGAAAUGUACCAACCAAUUUUGUUGUAUGAAAUGUGUUGUAUAAAGAAAAUAAAUCACAAAUAAAAGCACACACUCA